AUGAAAUCGAACGCAAACAUCACUGGGAGGAGGAAUGCUCGUAAGGGCAGCGUAGCAGGAGAUGGUGCGGUAGUAACGGCCACACGACUCCCAACAAUCGACGAUCUCACAGCAGAACUUCAAGAAGCCAUAUCUCACUUGACACUGUUUGGCCUGAACGACUCAAAAUACGAGUUUGAGAUCUUCUGUGCUAAACUAGGUGUUGACCAGCCCUACCCUGAUAAUCACAUCCCACCCAAAGACUACCCAGGUAUCCAGCACGCUGCCGCUCUCCUGCUCCGCGACAGCGAAGCCGAGGAUGGUGAUAAUUUCGGUCUUCUUGAUGAAGAGCUACAGGACAUGUUGAUGAACGUACUGAAAUGUCGAUGCGCGGCUGAUCUAGCGAGAGACCGAUUCGUACCUGGGAAGGUGAUCGGCGAUGGUAGAACUGGCAAAGAAUGGGUCGUUACAUCCCAGCUCUGCGACAUUUCCGGUAGCUACAGUGGCGGUAUUUAUCUUGUCAGGAACCCGACCGAUAUGAAUGGCCAGAGGCAUAUCAUGAAGACACUUCCAUCGCCAGCGCUUUACCCCGACUUCGCUAGUCGAGAAAUCUGGAUUUUACAUACAUUAAAGCAUGAAAACAUCAUUAGAUUCUUUGAUGGCUACUCGCCGGAAGAUCGACACGAGACAGGCUGGAUGGUUACAGAAUACUGCGACAAGGACACAUUGGCGGACCUUGUGGAGAAGUAUACCGAGGCAAAUACUUCGAUUCCUGAGCUUUUCGUUUGGGAUGUCUUGGAAAGCUUAGUACGUGCCGUAGUGUACUUGCACUAUGGACCAAUUCUUCUCAGUGAGUUCGAUCAACAGAAACUUGGAAGCAAACCGCUUAAAACCAGGGAGGAUUCGCCCUGGAAUCCUGUCUACCACCGCGACACAAUUCUGGCUAACGUAUUCUGCACUUCCAAUACCGGAGAUAUGCAUAACUAUCCAAUUGUCAAGCUAGGCGAUUUCGGCUGCGCAAUGCGGCAAUGGGAAAUUGAGACCAACGAUAACAACGAACAUCCGUGGUCAAAAGAAACGCCAAUUAUGGACAGUGAGUAUGAGCCACCGGAGGGUCAAUAUGCCACAAAAGCCGUUGACGUGUAUCAGAUUGGACUGCUUAUGUGGUGUGUUGUGCAGGGAACCGCAGGUCCCUUUAGUCUCGAUGAGAUGGCAACACUGCCUGCAAAUUUUGAGACUUCAAGCUCUGCUCAAUACUCAGGCGAGCUGCGCCACCUCCUCAAUUGUUGCACGAAGACGGAACCUGGUGAUCGCGUCGACUCUUUGUAUUUGUUGCACCUUGUUCGGCAUUACCGGAAGCUUCUAGUUCUUGAAGGGCGCUUGCCUUUUGUCAAGCUGCUUCCUUGA